ACCCUAAAUUCUAUUUUUUUAUGCUAAUUUAUCCAAUAAUAGUUACUACCAAAUACCUAUCAUGUUUGCGAAGAACUGGAAAUUAAAUCAACGUUGACUUCAAAAUGGAUGUACAAACUAAGCAUAAUGCUUUAGACACAUCAGUAUUUUACCUUACAACUAUUCUUUCUGCAGAAUUCCUAUUUCCAAUCAUCAAUAGGUUUUUCUAUCCAUUUAUUUUUCUGUUUCCUAUGAGUAACACGUGCACCAGAAACUUUUAUCACAAAAACUCAAUGAAUACUAUGAUCCUCGUCUACAUCUGCCUGAUAUUUCACCAGCUUGCCCUCGCAGCCACCGAUGAUUACGAUCCUAGGGACAAAAUAACCCUUGCCUGUGGCUCAUCAGGAAGCGUCGAGGCCAUCGACCACCGCAUUUGGGAAGGAGAUAUCACCUCAAAGCUUCUUCGUUCACAAAACGAAAAUAACGCAUCAAUCACCUUUCCAGCUGAGCACCCACCAGAACAUGAUGUCCCUUACAAGACGGCACGGAUCUUCUUCUCCGAAUCCACCUACUCCAUGCCGGUCACCUCCGGCCAAAAGUUUAUCAGGUUGCAUUUCUACCCCGACAUAUACGGCAACUUUGACAGCUCCAAGGUCUUCUUCUCCGUCAAAGCAGCUAAAUAUACCCUCCUAUCCAACUUUAGCGCUUUUCUUGCUGCUCGUGCUCUUAACAGCGAUGUAGUAGUGAAAGAAUUCUUGGUUAAUUUUGAAGAAGGCAAAGGCUCCUUAAACAUAACAUUCGCUCCACUUUCUUCAGAUUCUGACUCAUUUGCAUUUAUUAACGGAAUUGAAGUCGUUUCUAUGCCCACCAAUCUUUAUUACUCAGCUAACGGAAGAAAAGGCGCAACAAAUGUGGAUCAGUCUGGCCAGCUGUAUACCAUCAGAAAUGACACCGCCAUGGAGAUGGUAUACCGUUUAAACAUCGGCGGAACGUUUAUCCCUGCAAAUCUCGACACUGGCAUGUUUCGGACUUGGGAAAUGGACGACAACUACUUAGAAGUAUGGGGAUAUAGUGUUGCACCUGUUGAUACCAAACAUAAAAUCAGCUAUGUAAUGAUCCCGCCUUAUACCGCACCAGAAGACAUCUACAAGACUGCCAGGUCAAUGGGGAAUAAAGAUAAAGAUUUAAUUAAGGCGUACAACCUCACCUGGGCAUUCCCUGUGGAUUCUGGGUUUCAAUAUCUUGUUAGAUUGCACUUUUGCGAGAUUCAACCUGAAAUGAAGAAGACGGGCGAUCGGGUUUUCAAUAUUUUCAUAGCAAAUGAAACCGCCGAGGAAAGUGCAGAUGUACUCAAGCUGACUGAUGAAAAUUUUGAAGCAGUUUAUAAAGACUACCUCAUCUUCAUAGUUGAUAUAGGAGGCAAGGAGAAAGUAAACCUCUCUGUUGCUCUGCAGGGGACCCGACAGGAGUGGAAAACUAGCUACAUGGAUGCAAUAUUGAAUGGAGUAGAGAUCUUCAAACUGAGCGAGUAUAGUGGCAAUCUCGCCGGUCCUAAUCCUGACCCUCGGAUAUCCCCAACUAUUGCACCACCCAGCCAAGUGCAAACUAGUGGGAAAAAUGACCAGAAAACAAUUAUCGGCAUCACCACUGGUGUAGGACUCGGCAUAUUUCUUUUGUCCGCGAUCGGAUUCUUGGUUUUCCGACGACGAAGAAAAGUCAAGAACUCUAGCUCAGUUGGCGGGACUACGAAGUGGGGACCUAUUUCGUUUUCUAUGACUAAGUCCACCAAGACCCAGCGUUCAUCACUGCCGUCAGAUUUGUGUCGUUACUUUUCGUUGGCUGAGAUCAAAGUCGCCACCAACAACUUUGACGAUGUGUUCAUUAUUGGUCGUGGAGGCUUUGGUAACGUGUAUAAAGGGUACAUUGACAAUGGGACCACCGCUGUUGCCAUCAAGCGGCUCAAACCGGAGUCAUCACAAGGGGCCCGCGAGUUCAAAACCGAGAUCGAGAUGCUUUCCCAACUCCGCCACCUCCAUCUCGUGUCCCUUAUCGGCUACUGCAACGAUCAGCACGAGAUGAUCCUGGUCUACGAAUACAUGGCACGUGGGACACUCCGGGAGCACCUCUACAACAGCGACAAUCCACCACUUUCCUGGAAACAACGUCUCCAGAUUUGUAUCGGAGCGGCACGUGGAUUGCACUAUCUUCAUAAAGGUGCGAAACACACCAUCAUUCAUCGCGACGUAAAGACAACGAAUAUACUGUUGGAUGAGAAAUGGGAGGCCAAGGUUUCUGAUUUUGGGUUGUCAAAGAUGGGCCCCACUAGCAUGUCCAAGGCCCACGUGAGCACAGUCGUCAAGGGUAGUUUGGGGUAUUUGGACCCAGAAUACUACAGACGUCAGCAGUUGACUGAGAAGUCCGAUGUGUACUCCUUCGGUGUCGUGCUGUGCGAGGUACUAUGUGCUAGGGCACCCUUGAUAAGAUCGGUGGACAAGAAGCAAAUGAGCCUUGCGGAGUGGGCCCGCAGUUGUUAUCACAACGGAACGCUUGAUGAGAUAGUGGACAAACAUCUGAGGGGUAGGAUUGCACCAGAGUGUUUGGGGAAGUACGGUGAGAUCGCGGUCAAUUGUAUGGUUGAUAAUGGAAGCGAACGGCCAUCGAUGAACGAUGUGGUGUGGGGCCUAGAAUUCUCAAUGCAGCUGCAACAGAGCGCAGAGGAGAAUACAAGUCCGAAUCCGAAUGGGAAACUUACUAGCGAAAUGAAAGGUGAGGAUAAAGUGCCUUUAUUCAAUUACAGUGAAGAUGAAGAAAAAUUUACUUGUAGCUGGGAACAUACGUCGGAAUUGAAGAGUGGGGAAACCAAAACUAGUGGCAGCGAGCAAAGCAGCGAGACAAAUCAAUCUAUUAAAGGAAAGUCUGGGACUGUGUUUUCAGAAAUCAAUGACCCCCAAGCAAGAUGAGCUCAUAAUAUGAAGCUAGCUGGCUAACCAAGUGGUUGUCAGCACUUUUUUAGGUGUACAUUUAAGCAUAUCGCCAAAACCGUUUGAAAGUAGUUAAUGAAUGUUCUCCUCUAAGAGUAGUUUAUGUGUGUAAUGUCAAAUAGUUUCAAAAUUUAUUUUAACCUUUCUAUAUAUUUGAUAUUUUCAAUCCAAAUAAA